AUGGCAUCACAAAUAGCCUCACCACGUCUCCCAAUCCUUACACAACACUGCAAUUUCUGCAAUCACCUCCUCCUAGCAACAACCCGAAACCUCUCCACCCUCCCCCGCCGCGCCGGCGAGGCACAAGACAAAGCCCUAAUCCUCCCCCUAGAAAACAACACCCAGCCCGACGUAGAUCUUGAGGCAGAGAGCGAGCAAGAUCGUCGGGCAACGGUGAUUGACCGCCAGGACGGGAUUGAAAAGAGGGUUUUGCUACGGUGUGGUCGGUGUCGGGUUGUUGUUGGGUAUUAUCUAGAUAAAGUCCAUUGGGAGAAGGACAAGAUGAAAGAGGUUGAGGAAGGUGGUGGUGAGGGUGAUGAUGCGGAUCAGGAGAGGCCGCCAGCUGUUUAUAUCUUACCUGGAGCUUUGAUUGAGACGGGGGAUUUGGGUGAGGGAGUCGGGGUUGGGGAGGUUGAGUGGAGGAGCUGGAAUGGUUCUUCUUAG